AUGGGUAAAGCUGAAUUAUCAACGACUUCCUUAUCAACAUGCAUUUCUACGAUGGAAGAAUCCUUGGAUUCAUCAAUGCGACGUUUUUGGGAGCUCGAAUCAAUUCCUGAAAUUAAAUCUAUGACGAUAGACGACGAAAAGUGUGAAAAUCAUUACAAAGAUAAUUAUCGACGUGAUACCGAUGGACGUUUCAUUGUACCUUUCAAACAAAACCAACCGAAUUUGGGAAAUUCCUACAAUGUUGCUUUAAAACGUUUUAAAUUAUUGGAAAAUCGUCUUCUGAAAAAUGUCUCUCUUCGUGAUAAGUACCUCGAGUUCAUGAAAGAUUAUUUAAAAUCAAAUCAUAUGUCUUUAGUUCCUUCACCCUGUCCUAGCUCCAAUAAUUAUUACAUUCCGCACCAUUGUAUCCUUCGGAACGAAGAUCCAAAUUCUAAACUGCGAGUAGUUUUUGAUGCGUCUGCAUCAUCCUCCAACGGAAAGUCAUUAAAUGAUAUGUUGCUGAUUGGACCUAAACUGCAACAAAAUAUUAUACACAUUUUAAUUAAUUUUAGACUAUUUAAAUACGCUUUCAUUUGUGACAUCAAGCAAAUGUAUCGCCAGAUUCGGGUAUCACCUCAUGAUCGAAGCUUUCAAAAUAUUUUAUGGCGAUUCUCUCUUGAUGAUCCCAUACAAACCUAUGAAUUGAAUACUGUAACAUAUGGAGUAGCAUCUGCUCCGUUCUUAGCUUUACGAACGCUAAUUGAAUUAUCAAACAUCUAUUCCAAUGAAUUUCCAAAUGCUUCUAAAGUUUUACAAACUAACGUAUACGUAGAUGACAUUGUUACCGGAGCUCAGUCAGUAGAAGAAACACUUAAUUUAAAACAAGAAUUGAUUAGUUUGUUGGGAAAUGGUGGAUUCCAAUUGAGAAAGUGGGCUAGUAACUGUCCUGAAGUUCUCCGAGAAAUGUCAAAGGCCGAUUUACAAUGUCCAAUUUCACUGGAUUAUGAAAACACUAGAUGUGUAAAAGUCCUAGGUCUCCAAUGGGAUCCAGAAACAGAUAAGUUCCUUUAUUCCUAUACUCCUCGCGAUAGUUCAUGCACUAAAAGAUCUAUUUUAUCUGCAAUGGCUCGUAUCUAUGACCCUUUGGGUUUUCUAACCCCAUGUACAUUGAAAGCCAAACAUAUUAUGCAACAACUCUGGCAAUUGCAGAUCUCCUGGGAUGAUACUCCUCCAGAUCAUAUAAAGAAAACAUGGGAAGAAUUUAAAACCAAGCUUUCCCUAUUGUCAAGGUUUAAUCUUUCCCGUUUCAUAAUCGCGGAUAAUCUCGUCAGGUGUCAGUUACAUCUGUUUUGUGAUGCCUCUCAAAUAGGCUACGGCACUGUUGCUUACAUUCGAACUGAAAACGAGUCUAAUCAAUUUCUUACUUAUUUUAUCUGUGCUAAAGCUCGUGUAGCACCAUUAAAAACUCUUACCAUUCCACGCUUGGAACUCUGUGGAGCUGUUCUCCUAACCCAACUUUUUGAAAACAUUCAUGAAAUUCUAUCCCAAAGUAUUCAUUUUGAAUCUGUAACGGCAUGGUCGGAUUCACGAGUCGUGCUUUCAUGGCUUUCAUCUGAACCUCAAACAUGGAAAGUUUUUGUAGCUAACCGUGUCAAUACCAUUCAAGAAAUCUUACCUAGACAACAUUGGCGUUAUGUUCCGUCCUCGGACAAUCCCGCCGAUUGCAGUUCUCGCGGUUUGAACCCUGAACAAUUAAUUGAUUCUGAACUUUGGUGGCAGGGUCCGUCUUGGCUCUCUGAUCACUUCGAUAAUUGGCCUUCCCAGUCAUCAUUCAAUCCUAAACCACCAGAAAUUAUAGGUUUUGCUGAUUUUAUAAACACCCAAGCCCAAUAUUACACAACAAACAACAUAAUCAUCACAAUGGGUGAUGAUUUUAAUUACCAAGAUGCCCUUUCUUAUUUUUCAAAUAUGGAUAAAUUAGUGCAGUAA